AUGGUUAACUGGACUGCGGAUAAGGAUCAGAUCAUCCUCAAGGGCAUCUUUAAGUUCCAUGAUAUCAAGAGUAGCGCGCCGCUCCUCAAGUACCUGUCCGAAGAGAUCGGUGGCGACUGCACCCCCAAGGCCGUCUCCCACCGCCUCACCAACAUCCGCAAAGGCGGCACAGCCCACGCCGUCGCCUCACCAACUCGCACCGCUUCCACACCCAAGACUCCUCGUUCGAAGGCCAAGCCCGUUCCCCGCAAGAAGAAAGCCGUUUCCGAGGACGCCGACAGCGACGGUCCCCAAGGCCUCAUGGAUGACGAUGAGGUCCUGUCUCCGACUGCGGCCCAUGGCAAGCGCACGCUGAACGGCAAGCGUAAGCCUACUUAUGACGAGACCUCAGACAAGGAGGAUGAGGAAGUCGAGGUUGAGGAUAUGUAUGUUCCGAUGGCUAAGCGGGUCAAGGAGGAGCCGGUUGAUGAGGAGGAGGGUGUUGUCGUUGAGGAGCUUGUUGAGGAGGAGGUUUAG